GUUUAUUGAAUUUGGUACGCCUAUCGACGCAAGCAUGCUGCGGAUGGCUCAGGACAACCUGCCUGCUGGCUCCGACAUGGAGUUUCUCCUGAGCAGCAAGUUCACCAGGGAGUCGGGCCUUGCCCCGAAAAGUAUCUACCGCAAUCUGUCUCCGCCCCAGCUCUAUGAGCUGGCUCUGGCCUUCGAGCCCGGCACGCACAUCACAUCGACUGGUGCCCUGGCGACAAGGUCCGGCGAGAAGAUGGGUCGCUGCCCCCAGGACAAGCGUGUGACUCGCGACCCCGAGACCGAGAAGGACCUUUGGUGGGGCCCGUACUCGCCCAACUACGUCAUGGACGACAGGACGUUCCUGACCAACCGCGAGCGGGCCGUGGAUUACCUCAACACCCUGGAGAGGGUCUACGUGGUGGAUGCGUUCGUCAACUGGGACCCGGCGUCGCGUCUCAAGGUCCGGGUGGUCACCAGUCGCGCCUACCACGCCCUGUUCAUGUCCAAUAUGCUCAUCCGCCCCACGGCGGAGGAGCUGGCCAACUUUGGAGAGCCAGAUUUCAUCAUUUACAACGCCGGCGCCUUCCCCGCUAACAAGUACACCAAUUUCAUGACCAGUCAGACUUCGAUUGACCUGAGUCUGAAGCACAAGGAGAUGGUCAUCCUCGGCACCAUGUACGCGGGCGAGAUGAAGAAGGGAGUGUUUACGUUGAUGCACUACCUGAUGCCCAUGCAGGGCAAGCUGUCCCUUCACUCGGGCUGCAACGUGGGCGCGGAGGACGAUGUGACGUUGUUCUUUGGACUCAGCGGAACGGGCAAAACGACGUUGUCGGCAGAUCCCAAGCGGCCCCUGAUUGGUGACGAUGAGCACGUGUGGAGCGACAACGGUGUGUUCAACAUCGAGGGCGGCUGCUACGCUAAGUGCAUCGGCCUGAAGCCGGAGACGGAGCCCGAGAUUUACAACGCCAUCAAGUUCGGUACCGUGCUUGAGAACGUGGAGAUUGACCCCGCCACCCGCGAGGUGGACUACGAGUCGCAGAAAUUCACGGAGAACACCCGGGCUUCCUACCCCAUCGAGUACAUGGCCAAUGCGCGCAUCCCCUGCGUUGGCGGCCACCCCAAGAACGUCAUCCUGCUCGCUUGUGACGCCUUCGGCGUCCUGCCCCCCGUGAGCCGCCUGACGCUUGAGCAGGCCAUGUACCACUUCAUCAGCGGAUACACAGCCAAAGUCGCCGGCACGGAAGUGGGCGUGACGGAGCCACAGGCCACCUUCAGCGCCUGCUUCGGCUCGGCAUUCCUCAUGAUGCAUCCGUACAAGUACGCCACUAUGCUUGCUGAGAAGAUGUCCAAGCACGGCACCACCGCCUGGCUGCUCAACACCGGCUGGACCGGCGGAAAGUACGGUGUCGGCAAGCGCAUGAGCCUGAGGCACACGCGCGCCAUCAUCGACGCCAUUCACAGCGGAGAACUCGACCAGGCCGAGUUCGUCACCACGCCAAUCUUCGGACUGCAGGUGCCCACGUCCAUCAGCGGUGUCCCUUCGGAGGUGCUGUGUCCCGAGAACGUGUGGGGUGACAAGAACGAGUUCGCCACCACCCUCAACAAGCUGGGCCACAUGUUCGUGAAGAACUUCGAGCACUUCCACGACGGCGACGCGUUCGUGGGUGCCGACAUGGCCGCCCGCAUCCUCACCGGGGGGCCCAAGCCGCUGCCGGAGGACAACGUCGCCAAGACAGGCUUCAACGCGAUCAAGGACGUCGUGCCCGGUGCCGUGGUCGCGUAA